AUGGCGCUGUUGUGUUGUAAUGAUAACUGCCGGUUGAUCCCUAACAAAGACCAGCAGAACUCGGACAGCGACUCGUUCGGAGACGCCUGUGAUAACUGUCCCAACGUCCCCAACAGCAACCAGAAGGACACGGACAGCAACGGGCAGGGGGACGCCUGCGACCAGGACAUAGACGGGGACGGUAUUCCCAACGUCCUGGAUAACUGUCCGAAGGUACCUAACCCGAUGCAGACGGACCGAGACAGAGACGGAGUGGGAGACGCCUGUGACAGCUGUCCUGAACUCAGCAACCCCAUGCAGACGGACAUCGACAACGAUCUGGUUGGAGACGUUUGUGACACCAACCAGGACACAGACGGAGACGGCCUCCAGGACAGCAGAGACAACUGUCCAGACAUCCCCAACAGCUCGCAGCUGGACUCUGACAACGACGGCCUCGGAGACGACUGUGACCACGACGAUGACAAUGACGGCGUCCUCGAUGAUUACGACAACUGCCGACUCAUCGUCAACCCCAACCAGAAAGACUCCGACGUGAACGGUGUCGGAGAUGUCUGUGAGAACGACUUCGACAACGACGCAGUGAUCGAUCUGAUGGACGCGUGUCCGGAGAGCGCUGAGGUCACUCUCACAGACUUCAGAGCCUAUCAGACGGUGAUCCUGGACCCUGAGGGAGACGCCCAGAUCGACCCAACCUGGGUGGUUCUGAACCAGGGUAUGGAAAUCGUCCAGACGAUGAACAGCGAUCCCGGUCUGGCUGUGGGCUACACGGCGUUUAACGGCGUGGACUUUGAGGGAACGUUUCACGUCAACACGGUAACAGACGACGACUACGCCGGCUUCAUCUUCGGCUACCAGGACUCAUCCAGUUUCUACGUGGUGAUGUGGAAACAGACGGAGCAGUCGUACUGGCAGUCACUGCCCUUCAGAGCACUGGCCCAGCCCGCCCUGCAGCUCAAGGCGGUGAAGUCUCGGACCGGGCCGGGAGAGUUCCUGAGGAACGCCCUCUGGCACACCGGAGACACACCCGGAGAGGUGACGCUGCUCUGGAAGGAUCCACGCAACGUCGGCUGGAAGGACAAAACCUCGUACCGCUGGCAGCUCAGCCACCGGCCGCAGGUCGGCUACAUCCGGGUGAAGCUGUUCGAGGGGAUGGACUUGGUGGCUGACUCUGGCGUCGUGGUCGACACCACGAUGCGAGGCGGCCGUCUCGGCGUCUUCUGUUUCUCCCAGGAGAACAUCAUCUGGUCCAACCUACGCUACAGGUGUAACGACACGGUGCCCGAAGACUUCCAGUCUCACCGUAAACAAGUUCUGAUGCACAUUCAGGUUUGAGAGGACCUGUGUGUGUGUGUGUGUGUGUGUGUGUGUGUGUGUGUGUGUGUGUGUGUGUGUGUGUGUGUGUGUGUGUGUGUGUGUGUGUGUGUGUGUCUGUGUGUGUGUGUGUGUGUGUGUGUGUGUGUGUGUGUGUGUGUGUGUGUGUGUGCGCGGGUGUGUGUGAGAGAGAGCGAGAGAGUG